UAAAACACAUACAUCUGGAUAGGCUCACAGAUUCGUGCCAUUAGGGAUAUCCCUGGUGGCGGGUUCUGCAGGCACCCCACCCGCCUUAGAGAGAAGCAAGAAGAAAUAAUAUCGACCUGUCUGAUCCAUGGACCCACUGAUUAGUGGACCAAAACUCGCAUGCACGUGUAAUUAUGAAAACGUCGUGGAACUGACCGCAUCCACAGUGAUCUCCAAACGCGGUGACGAGUUUGCCAGAAUUCCAUUUCUCAAAGUACAACACGCGUCCAUCUGCAUGCUACUCGCAGAAUCGUUCUCUCUCCUCACAAAACGAUGAAAAGCCAACACUAACCCUUUUAUGCGAUUUUCAGAAAUAUCCGCGGAAGUCUUCUAUGACGUGUGUUGUACACAACGGGUACAACACUCCAGCUCUGUGGGCCCCAUAUUAUUCUUUAUUUGGCAUCCAUUCCAUCCAUCAGAUUUAUACCACUAUGAUAGUUCAUGUAGAUAAAAAUAAUUUCGUUUAAGAACUAAUAUAAUCCACACCACAUGAGAGAAUAGAGUUAGAGGCCAGCCACAUGUUCGUUUGUAGGGUUGUAUAUAUUCCAUCCCGUCCGUUGAUCAUGACACGCACAACAGUAUAAUUCAAAUAUCAAACACAAUCCAGUUCAAAUUUUCUAGAGGCUACAACCUCGUCAACUUAAGAGUUUUUAAGCCUUAUUUUAUAUUAUUUACAUCGUAUCGUCCAUGGUUUUUGGAUCAAAAUCAUUUAUUUAAUGAACGGUGAAAAUACUAUGUCCUACCUGAUGGACAGUGUGGAUUUUAGGCAUGCCUCAUAGAUCUUGCCCGUAUAUACGCACUAAAUGAAACAUGUGUUAUCUAAGAUAUGUGAUUUAUCUGUACCAUGUGAACGCCGCCAUCAGAAGCAGCCACGCGUCCGCUAUUGAUGAUGAUGUUCAAGCACGUAGACAUGCAUGCAAUUUCUAAUUGCCACAUAUCCACGUACUCUGUUUGGGGAUAUGUUCAUCUUUGUAGGAAAAUUUUCCUAUAAAUACAGGCCCUUACACCACAUCCUUCCCACAUCAAAGCCCCAUGAUUUCUCCAAUGGCAAAACCAGCAACCCUCGUUAUGACCCUUCUCUCACUAUUCCUCGUCUCCGGCACCUUCGCUAUCUCGUAUGACCAUGAUCCCCUGCCGUGCAUGGUGGCAUGCAGAGCGCGGUUCCAUCCCUCAUCUUGCAAGCGUGUAUGCGGAAUCCAGAUUUCGGAAGAUGCUGGUAAUGAUCUGAGCCGAGACGAUCCCGAACAGCAGCUGAAGAAAUGCCAGAAAGAUUGUAGACAGCGUCAACCCGACGACAUGGAGUGUCAAAGACGCUGUGAGCAGCAAUACGAAGAACAAACGAAGCAAAGAAACGAUGGCGGUGAGAGGGAACAACAACCACAGAAAUGCAGAAAUCAGUGCAGGCGACAACGACUUCACCAGAGAGAAUGCGAGCAGUGGUGUGAACAACAGUACAAGGAACAAACAGGGCAGGGUGGCGGUGAUGAUGAUUUGAGUCGAGAAGAUCCCAUACAGCAGCUGAAGCAAUGCCAGAAAGAUUGCAGACAACGUCAACCUGGCAAUAUAGAGUGUCAACGACACUGCAAACAGCAAUACGAAGAACAAACAGAGCAAGGCCAUGGUGACGGCGAGAUGGAACAGGAAGAUCCAAAACAACAGCUACAGAAAUGCAGACAUCAGUGCAGGCAGCACCACCACCACCAGAGUGAAUGCGAGCAAUGGUGCAAAGAGCAGUACAAGGAACAAACAGGGCAGGGUGGCGGUGAUGAUUUGGAUCGAGAAGUUAUGCAAAUGGAAAGAAAUGAAGAGCAAGUAAUGAAUAAUCCAUACUUUUUCGAUGAACAAAGCUUUAAUCACCGUGUGUGGACUGAAGAAGGCAAUAUUAGGGUUCUAAAGAGGUUCUCUAGGCAAUCUAAGCUUCUGCAAGGGAUCGACAACUACCGCCUCGUCAUCCUAGAGGCAAACCCUAAUACCUUUAUCAUACCCAACCAUUGGGAUGCUGAGGAAGUUCUCUAUGUGGUUAGAGGAAGAGGAACAAUCAGUUUCUUGAAAGAGAAUAACAAAGAGGUGUACAACAUUUCCAAAGGAGAUAUCCUUAGGAUACCUGCAGGGACGACCGUCUUCUUGAUUAACAGAGACAACAAUGAGAAGCUGUGUGUUGCACAUCUUCUCCAACCCGUCUCGAUUCCUGGUCGCUACAAGGAAUUUUUUGGGGCAGGAGGUGAGGACCCUGAAUCGUUUUAUAGGAGCUUUAGCAAUGAUGUUCUUGAGGCUGCCUUCAAGACUCCAAGGGAUAGGUUGGAGAAGCUUUUCGGUCAGCAGAGAAAGGGCGCGAUCAUCAGGGCUUCCCAAGAGCAGAUAAGGGCCAUAGAACGACAUGCGUCUUCUUCUUCGAGCAGUCAUGAAUUGUCGUUUGAAGAAUGGAAAGGGCCCUUCAACCUGCUGAACAAGAAGCCCACCCAUUCCAACAAGUACGGUGAACUGCAUGAAGCUAAUGCCGACGACUACAAGCAGCUCCAAGAUGUGGAUGUCCAAGUCUCAUUUGCCAACAUAAGCCGUGGAGCGAUGCAUUUGCCCUUCUACAACUCGAAGGCAACAAAGGUGGUGUGGGUGGAGCAAGGAAGAGGAUACUUCGAGAUGACAUGUCCUCACCUGUCGAACCAACGUCGCCAGAGCGAGGAAGGACGUGGGCAAGAACAAGAAGAAGAGCAGCAGCAUGAAGGUCAUGUAAGCUACCAGAGAGUCCGUUCGCGUCUCUCUCCUAACACGGUCUUUGUGGUCCCAGCUGGUCACCCGGUCGUGACCGUUGCUUCUCGUGACGAGAAUCUGCAGAUGGUUUGCUUUGAAAUAAAUGCUCGUGACAACCAGAAAUACUACCUUGCAGGGAAGAAGAACAUAAUGAGACAGAUGGAGAGGGAAGAGAAGGAGCUGUCCUUCAAUGUACCUGCAAGAGAGGUGGAAAAGAUCUUCAAUGCUCAGGGAGAGGAUGCUUUUGCUCCUGGGCCGGAGCAACGCCAAGAGAGAGAGGAGGGACGAAGUCACUGGCUUUUUGAGCCUUCGAUGAUUUUUGUCGGCUUUUAGUCUUUUUUAACUGCUCCAUGCAAAUAUGUGGGGAGAGUGUAAAUACCGAAUAAGAGUUUCAAUGAAGAAUAAAUACUGAUGUUUUCCUCUGUA